AAAGAAAAAGAAAAAGAAAAAACAAUGGCGUCUUCUUCUUCUUCGUCUGACGUACAAGUACGCCAUGUUUGGGCUUCAAAUCUGGAGGAGGAGUUUCGUUACAUCGAUAAGUGUCUGCCGCCCGAUCGCCGCCAGUUCACCUUCGUCUCGAUGGACACCGAAUUUCCAGGGACAAUUUACAACCCCGACGGGGUUCCACCACACAUGCGCGCCCCGGCGGAAUUCUACUCCAACAUCAAGCGAAACGUCGACGCGCUAAAAAUUAUCCAACUCGGCCUCACAAUAUUCGACAGGUACGGCAAUCUACCCCGCUCGGCGGAAACCGGUCGGGAACAAAUCUGGGAAUUCAACUUUCAAUUUGAUUCUGCCAUCGACCCUUAUAACAAGGAAUCCGUAUCCCUACUCGAGAAACAAGGGAUCGAUUUGUCACGGAACAAGAAAUACGGGAUCGACUCACGCGAGUUCGCCCUGCUGUUCAAGUGCUCGGAGCUGGGGAUGCGGUCAUAUUCCGGCAGGCUGGUCUGGCUCACCUUCCACGGGCCGUACGAUUUCGCGUACUUGACGAAGAUUCUGAACAACGGGGAAUUGUUGCCGGAUGAUUUAGAUGGGUUUAUGAGGUAUGUGUGGAAGUAUUUCAAAGGGAAUGUGUACGAUUUGAAGAGUAUGAUUCCGUUCGUCGGACUGCACGGGGGUUUGGAAAAGGUUGCGCGGAGUUUGAACUUGAAGAGGGUCGUCGGAAAAAGUCACCAGGCGGGCUCCGACAGCUUGCUGACGAUGCAUGCGUUUUUUGGGUUGAUGAAGAAUUGCUUGGAGAUGGGGGGUCGCGACCCCCGGGCGAGUAGUUUGAACUUGAUGAUCGCCAGAAAUACCGGUUUGGAGAUGAUGCAGACAUUAUUCGGGUUGUUCGGGUUGAUGAAGAGGAAUAGUUGUUCGGGUUUGGACGGGUUGCUGACGAUGCAGACGAUAUUCGGGUUGAAUGCUCGUGCCGUCUUUUGAGUUGCUGCGGGGAUUUUA